GAGUCCAGAUUUAUACUCGGAUACGGCAGCAAUCGUUUAACACGAGAUGUCACAUCAAACGGGAAUUAAGGCCCAUGAUGCGUUGAAAAAGUUGUUCGCGAGUGUCGCGACGAAGAUACGAGUACUCAAGAUUUCGAUAGAGAAUGAGGAACUGACGCCAGCUUCUUCCGCCAAGCCGAUAAAUAAAUGGCAGGAUGACUAUGACAAAAUGAUCAAGCAUUUGAUUGUGAAAAUAUCAGCCAGCCGAUAUCCUUUACAGAUGGACACAAAAUCACCUGAUUCUGGUUAUGGACUGGUUAUUUAUAAAUCCUGGUCUCAUACUGCACCAGUUAGACAAAAAAAAAUGUAUGCUUCCACCAAGGCACCUUGAAGCAAGAAUUUUGGUACAGCCUCUAUAAAAGUAGAAUUGCAUGCCACUGUUCCAGAAGAUAUCACAUUAGAAGGUUAUCACAAGCAUAAGAGAAAUGAUACAAGCACCUGUACCAUUGACAACAAGCCGAAGAAAAUUGGCGAAUUGAAGGAAAAAACUACUGACUGCAACUUGACUACAGUGUGAGACAAACAUCAGACAUUGAGCGGUGCAGUAGCAUUUCCUGUAACAGAUGAAGCUUAAAGCAGGCUUAUACAGAAAUGGCUAAAGGAGUCACGAAUAUGUUCCAAUUUGAAGAUUGAUCUAGAAGAAGAAAAAUUACACUUGGGUACAGUUGAUGUCUCUUUGGACAAUUGGCCCACCAAAGUCCCAUCUGACGCUGCUAGAUAUCAUCUUUAUAACUUUAAACAUACUCAUGAAGGAGAUUAUACCGAAUGCAUAGGUGUUUUUCAUUAUAUAGCCAUGCCAAGGGUUAGUUGCACUAUUAAGGAAAGGAUGUGGUAAUUCUUCUGCAAAGGACCUCUCCAGAUCUUAUCCAGUCUUAUAGCAAAGAAGCUUCAAAUAACCGAGGGGGAGGAACUUACUGAGGGAUUUUUACAAGAGGAGUUGCAUCCAAAAAUCAGUUUGCAUCAGCCAAAAUUUGCUAAGCCCAAGGGUCCGCCAAACAGAGGUGCUAAACGUAUAACCAAGGUUCAAGAGUUAGCGACCACCGGACAAGAGAGUUAAAUGAUAUAUUUAUUAAUAUUUUACGUUAUUAAUAUAAAUGAUAUUUAUCAAAUUGACAACAAUAAAAGUGAAAGUAGGAUAGUAACGUUUGUCCGAGUAUAUUCUCACGCAUUUGCCAUCAAUGAGAUGCAUAUGAACCUUUGCUCAGUUUUGUGAAAAAAUAUUAAUUCAUUAGUUAAGAUAAUUUCGUCGUGUUUAUUUUGGCCUAUUCUGUAAAUAUACAUAUACAUAUAUAUAUAUAUAUUACUUACACACACACACACACA